GCAUCCUUGUCACUUCCUAGGUAGGACCAGCCCCUCAGCAUCGUCUAGGGCUCCCCUGCUCAGGGACACCCCCUCCCAGUGUCCCAGCUCCCCAACACCUGCGGGCUCCGGGGCGGGGAUUCAGCAGUUGCUGGAUACAUAGAGAGAACAGAGCAGACGGAGGCGCUGGAUCGGAAGAACAGGAGCCCCAGCCCCAGGAAAACGUCAGCAGCUUGCCAAAAUAAUAGCUGAACACCGAAAUGUUGUAAGGCUGGCCUCUCGAUGACCCAAUAGCAGCAGGCUGCGAAGGAGGAGGCUGGAUGCUCCCGACAGGUUCCACUCAUGUUUAUUGAGAUUGGCGUCUGAGAGUCCAGGCCCUAGCUCGAAGUGCAGCCGCUCCGGAGACAGACCAUGGCCACAGACCUGGGUACAAGUGCAGAUUUGGGUCUCCAAUUACAGGUGCCUUUAGAGCAGGGGGUGCAGCCCCCAGUAAAAAGGGAAGAACAAGACACACCAGGCCUCGAGCCAGGGCAAGGAGUGGAGCAAGGAGAGAACCUUCCCUUUGUUGUCUGCUCUGGGACCAUCGGGGAAUUAUUGAGAUGGGCGGCUCCACAACAGUCCAGGCCUCAGAGGCAGGACGAGCCACCCCAGCGCUGGGAAGUCCAGUGGCAGGAGGUGCUGCAGGCCCUAUGGACCCCUCCUGAAGUUGUGCCGGCCCCAGUGACGCUACAGCUACCUGAGCUGGCACCAGGGGACGAUAUCGAGGCCUAUCUGGCCAACUUCGAGCAUGUGGCUAAUGCCUGCCAGUGGCCGAGAGGAGAGUGGGUAACGCGACUCGUGCCAGCACUCAGCGGAAAAGCCCGACAGGCCUACAGCAGCCUGGAGGCUAGAGACAGCAGAGACUAUGGGAAGGUGAAAGCUGCCAUCCUGCAAGGGGAGGACACCCGCCUGGAGACACGGCGCCGGUGCUUCAGGCAAUUCCGCUACCAAGAGGCCGAGGGGCCCCGGGAGGCUUACAGUCGCCUCCAGGAACUCUGCCAUCGCUGGCUGGAGCCGCAGAGCCGCACCAAGGAGCAGAUCCUGGAGCUACUGAUCCUGGAGCAGUUCCUGACCAUCCUGCCGGAGGAAAUGCAGAACUGGGUCUGGGAACGUGGCCCAGAGAACUGCGCCCAAGCGGUGGCCCUGGCAGAGGGGUUCCAACUGAGGCAGCCAGAGGCUGGAUUAUGGGAGCAGCAGGUCACGGUGCGUGUGAAGGUUGAGGAAGUGACUUCGGAGAAGAUUGCUUCCCCUGAGGCAUUAUGGGAUGCUCCCGGCUCGCAGCUAGAGCAGCUGCAGUCCCAUCACGAAUGUGUAUCCCAGGAGGAGGUGGGACGAGCUGAUACCCCAGGACACCAGUAUGAACCACUCUGUGUCCCCAAAGAGGAGCCCCCGAUCCUCCAGGAAAUAGAUAAUAAGCCAGACCCCCUGCCUCAUUCAGAGCACAUAAUGGAUGGUGAACACAGGAUGAUGGGUGAUGUGGUGCUGAGCGCAAGUCCCCAGCAGGAGGAGACAGAGAUGGCAGGGCCACGCAGGGUGUCCCUGGGAAGAUACAAAGGGAAGGUGUCACGGACUCAGCGCAGGGUGGGGAGGCAACAUGGGAGCCCCACUGGGAAAAGGCAGGUGGAACCAGCCCCUCCCCUACCAGAUUUGGGGAAGCCCGAACCCCAGCCCAGGCCUUUCAAAUGUCCUGAGUGUGGGAAAACCUUUUGCCGCAGCUCUGACCUGCUGAGACACAAGCGGAUCCACCGGGGGGACCGGCCCCACCACUGCACUGAGUGUGGGAAAAGCUUUGUCCGGAACUCCCACCUCCUGAUCCACCAGGUGAUUCACCGUGGUGAACGCCCCUUCACGUGCAGUGAGUGCGGAAAGAGCUUUAGCCAGAGCUCCACCCUAACAAGACACCAGCAGAUCCACACUGGCGAGAAACCCCACCGCUGCCACCAGUGUGGCAAGAGCUUUGGACGCAACUCCAAUCUGACAAGGCACCAGAGGCUCCAUGCGGCCGAGAGGCCGUUCCGGUGCUCUGAGUGUGGCAAAGGGUUUGCCCAGAGCUCCAACCUGAUCAAACACCAGCGGGUCCAUACCGGGGAGCGGCCCUACCGCUGCCACCAGUGUGGCAAGGCCUUCACGUGGAGCUCAUCGCUGCUGGAGCACCAGAAAUCUCAUGCUGGCGAAAAGCCCCACAGCUGUCCGGAGUGCGGGAAGAAGUUCAGUCGUGGCUCCACCCUGCUGGAGCACCAGCGCAUCCACACCGGCGAGAAGCCUUUCCGCUGCCACCAGUGUGGCGCCCGCUUCAGCCAGAGCUCCACACUGGUGCACCACCAGCGCACCCACACCGGGGAGCGUCCCUACCGCUGCGACGAGUGCGGGCGCAGCUUCGGCCGGAAGUCCACGCUGGUGACCCACCGCCGAACCCACACCGGAGAGAAGCCGUACCACUGCCUGGAGUGUGGACGCAGCUUCGUGGUCAGCUCGGACCUGGCCAAGCAUCAGCGUACCCACACCGGCGGCCAAGGCCCCUACCGUUGUGGGGAGUGCGGGGAGGGCUUUGGCUGGAGCGCCGCCUUGGCUGCCCAUCGAGCCAGCCAGCAUGGUGCCGAGAAGCCCUACCGAUGCUCCGAGUGCGGGGAGGCUUUCCACCAAAGCGCUACGCUGCUCGUGCACCAGCGCACCCAUGCCGGCGACGAGGCCUUCACCUGCUCCGACUGCGGGGAGUGCUUCCUGGAGAGCGCCAAGCUGGCCCGGCACCGUCGCACCCGGCACAGCGCCGACGGGGAGGAGAAACCUUUCAAGUGCUCUGAGUGCGGCAAGGGCUAUGCCCAGAGUGCUGGCCUGCGACAUCACCAGCGAGAGCAACCCUUCCGCUGCCCACAGUGCGGCCUGAGCUUCCUGUGGAGCUGCCGGCUGGCUGAGCACCGCCGCAGCUGCCGCAUGGCUGAGAAGCCCUACAAGUGCCCCGAGUGCGGCAAGAGUUUCGGCCAGAGCUCCAAGCUUCUGCGGCACCAGGUGACUCACACAGGUGAAAAACCCUACAAGUGUCCUGAGUGCGGCAAGAUCUUCAGCCAGAGCUCCAAUCUGGCGGAGCACCGGCGCACGCACGCCGGCCAGAAACUCCACCGCUGCGGCAUCUGUGGCAAGAGCUUUGCCCUGGGCUCCUAUCUGGCCAAGCACCAGAUCACCCACACUGGGGAGCGGCCCUACCGCUGCACCGAGUGCGGCAAAGGCUUCCGGCAGAGCUCCAACUUGAUCCAGCACCAGCGCACCCACACUGGCGAGCGCCCCUACACCUGCCCCCAGUGCGGUAAAAGUUUCUGCCAGAACUCGCACCUCAUCAAGCACCGGCGCACCCACACUGGUGAGCGCCCCUACCGCUGCCCCCAGUGCGGCAAGAGCUUCCGCCAGAGCGCCAACCUGCUGGAGCACCAGAACACCCAUACCGGCGAGCGCCCCUACCAGUGCGGCCAGUGUGGCAAGAGCUUUUGCUGGAGCUCAGCCUUCAGCAAACACCAGAGGACACAUCUCAGCUAGGGGAGCUGUGCUGGGACCUACCUGAGCCUGGGGCCCUGUAUUGGGACUCUCGGAUCCCCCCAUAUGGGGAUCACCAAGCUCCAUCUCCUAUUAUGGACCCCAUAUGGGGAUCCCCAGGAGCCAGGGCAACACUGGGACCCCUCCCUGCUUCCCCCCUCUCCCCUCCGAGCAAGGGGACCCUAUAAAGAGACCACCAGGACAUCCCAUGGACAUGCUGGAGAUCCCAGGCUAUCUUGCAUCAGGAUGGCCCUGGUUGUUCCUUUCCAUCAGGGAAGCAGGAUGCUGCCAUGGCACAUGGAGGCAAACCAAGAUCAGGCCCCGUCAUGCCGGGCGCUGCACAGACCCACAGUGACUGAGAUCAGGGCCCUGUCACAUCCAGUGCUGCACAGACACAGUCAACCACAGUCUCUGGUUUACGUCACUUACAUGUACUGCUGUCCAUUGCCUCCCUGUCCAAUGCAGAACUGAUCAAACAGUGUAUUGGCCCAGUCUUGUUCUGCAUAUCCCUAGUGGCUGAGAUUUCACUUUCUCUGUUAGGUGACCAUUGUACAACUCUCGUCAUUAGCAAAUCUUUGAUGACACUGAAACUAAACUUCUCAUUUUGCUGACUCCUUUGGAGUUUUGUUAUUAAGAAGGAUGCGGAAAUGAGAGAUUGUGCUUUGGGGUCUAAUACAACUAAGACGACUGCUAAGUAAUUUUGUUAACCACAAGGUGAAAGGUGAGGUGCUACUGUGAAUCGGAAAGGAGCUAAGAGACAGGAAAGUAAUUGUGGGAAGAAAUGGACAGUUUCCACAAGCUUCAAACCCACAAUUGGCUCAGGAAGACAGCAAAGCCCUAAUCACCAGGCUGCCAAAGACUGAGAGCCUCUUCCUGUAUUCAAAGAGCUAUAGAGGGAAACUAGAGACCUUUAAGCUUAGAGGAUUUUUUUUGGAAACCUGAUCUUUGUGCCUAGCCUCCUUUUCGAGCUAGUCCCUCACCUUUUUUUGCCACCUGCAUGUCCAUCUUCGUCCUUUUGCAAAACUAGGUUCCAGCCCUCCACCAAUUCCUCAGGACUCUUCCACACUGUAUGUUGUUGGAUUGUGGAACUCCCUGCCACAGGUUGCUGCUGUAGCUGAGAUCUUAGCCAGAUUCAAAGAGGGACUGGUUGUUUAUGUGGAUAACAAGACCUGUAUGAUAGUAAAUGAUAAAGAAGCAGGUUUGGAAAGAAUAUAAAACCUCAAGUUCCAGGGUUUAAGGUGAUCUCUAGCUAUUAUGAUUUAGGAUGAGACAUUCAUGUGGGUAGAUGAUCCCAAACAUGGGUUCCUCUCACUUUCUUCUGCAGCAUCUGGUGCCAGUCCAGUGUCAGAGAUAAGACACUGGGCUAGAUGAAUCCCUGGUUCGAUACAGUCUGGCAGUCCCAGUUUUGAAAGCGCUCCUGUCACUAAUAUGCAGUUAUAAUGAGAGCACGUAGGCUACACAAAAUAUUGUAGAGCAGACACAGGCAGGGAAUGAUAUUCAUUCCUUCUGCUCUGAGACAGAUAUGCAGACAACCUCACUGUAAGCAUGAACCGCUUUCUGGGAAAAGCUUUUAUUUUCUAACACGAUAAUCUAGGCAGCAUCUUUGUGAUUAGGCCAGGAGCCGGGCAGCCCGGACUCCUGGGUUCUCUCAGCAGCCCUUCCACUGACUUCCCCUCUCCCUGUCCAUCUGGGCUAGUGAGGAUUCAUCUAUGAGUAAAGAGCUUUUGAGUUCCUCAACUAGAAAUCCCUACAUCAAUGCAGAGUGUAGGGCGGAAAGAUUCUCUUUUAUGUAUGUCUUUUGCAAGUGAUUUUUACCAAAGCUGUUAGGGGCGAUCUCGGGAAUGACAGACCAGUGAGCCCUACCUCUCCGUAUCUGUUAAAUCCGGUUGAAACAAUAAACAAAAAUAGAGUUACCAAACAUCUAGAAGAUAGUGAUAUAUGCUAGUGUCUAACCAGCACGGCCUCCCCAAAGGGAAACCAUGCCUCACUAACCUAUUAGAAUUCUUUGAGUGUGUCAAUAAAAUAGUGACUAAAGGAGAA